AUGUGUUAUGUGGGUAAAGCUACAAAGAUCUUCAUCUUCAUUGUCACAGUGUUGGUGGUUCUAGGUCUUGUCUUGGGAUUUGGACUUCUCCGCCACGCCCUCCAGAAGACCCAUAAAUGCUCCGGCGACUCCUGCCAUUCUUAUUCAUCUUCUCCGGUAGCGGUGCCCCUCCCCAACCCUCUUACUGUCCCACCUACCCCACCUAAUCCGAAUCCAAGCCCCGAUCCCGGCACCUCCAACCAGCCCAGGCCACCUAAUCCUAACCCAAGCCCGAGCCCACCUCCACCGUACUCAAACCUAAGCCCACCCCCACCAUACUCUGACCCACCUCCUCCUCCGCCGUCACCGCAGCCUCCUACAAUAGCGUCGCCGCCAUCAAAUCUCCCGAGUCCUGCGCUGGUGACACCCGGCCCUGUGCAUGGUUAG